GACGCGGAGUGGAAGGCAAAAUGGCGGCGGCGGCGGUGGCCUGGUGCUAAGGGGAGAGCCAGGUCCCCGCGACCCCUGCAACGGGUCGCGCCGGCCCGCGGCAGCCCCCUGGCGUCUCUGCCCGUCCUGCCCCACCCAGCAUACUUGGGGCCUCGGGGACGGGCCCCGGUCGCCUUGGCGCCGGCCCUCGGCCCGUGGCCGCUGUCCAGAAGCCCCGCUGUCCGCUGCAGGGUUAUUUAGAAUAUUAGGAAUUUUAAUGUUCCUGAAGAAUUAUUUUCACUUUUGAAUUCAUCAAAGAAUUACUUUCACUUUUGUUCAAGAGAAAGCUCUGAAUCUGUCAACUGGCUCUUAAAGAAGUCCUUUGUGUGGGUUACAUAUAUAGAUGUUUUAAUGAAGAGGAGUGAAAAGCCAGAAGGAUAUAGACAAAUGAGGCCUAAGACCUUUCCUGCCAGUAACUACACUGGCAGCAGUCGGCAAAUGCUGCAAGAAAUUCGGGAAUCCCUUAGGAAUUUAUCCAAACCAUCUGAUGCUGCUAAGGCUGAGCAUAACAUAACCAAAAUGUCAACUGAAGAUACUCGACAAGUAAGAAAUCCACCUAAAUUUGGGACAUAUCAUAAAGCCUUGCAAGAAAUUCGAAACUCUUUACAGCCAUUUGCAAAUGAAACAAGUUCUUCCUCCCGGAGUACUUCAGAAGUUAAUCCACAAAUGUUUCAAGAUUUGCAGGCUGCUGGAUUUGAUGAGGAUAUGGUUAUACAGGCUCUUCAGAAAACUAAUAAUAGAAGUAUAGAAGCAGCAAUUGAAUUCAUUAGUAAAAUGAGUUACCAAGAUCCUCGGCGGGAGCAAAUGGCUACAGCAGCUGCUGCCAGACCUAUUAAUGCCAGCAUGAAACCAGGAAGUGUGCAACAAUCAAUUAACCGCAAACAAAGCUGGAAAGGUUCUAAAGAGUCCUUGGUUCCUCAGAGACAUGGCCCACCUCUAGGCGAAAGUGUAGCCUAUCGUUCUGAAAGUCCCAACUCACAGACAGAUGUAGGAAGACCUUUAUCUGGAUCCGGUAUAACAGCAUUUGCUCAAGCUCACCCAAACAAUGGACAGAGAGUAAACCCCCCUCCACCUCCUCAAGUAAGGAGUGUCACUCCACCUCCUCCUCCAAGAGGCCAGACUCCCCCUCCACGAGGUACAACCCCACCUCCUCCAUCAUGGGAACCAAACUCUCAAACAAAGCGGUAUUCUGGGAACAUGGAAUAUGUAAUCUCCCGAAUCUCUCCUGUUCCACCUGGGGCAUGGCAGGAGGGCUAUCCUGCACCACCUCUUAACACUUCCACCAUGAAUCCUCCUAACCAAGGGCAGAGAGGCAUUAGUUCUGUUCCUGUUGGCAGACAACCAAUCAUCAUGCAGAGUUCUAACAAAUUUAACUUUACACCAGGGAGACCUGGAAUUCAGAAUGGUGGUCAGACUGAUUUUUUGAUACACCAAAAUGUCCCUGCUGGCACUGUGAAUCGGCAGCCACCCCCUCCAUAUCCUCUGACACCAACUAAUGGACAAAGCCCUUCCACUUUACAGACAGUGGGAUCUACUGCGCCUUCAUCAUAUACAAAUGGAAGCAUGCCUCAGUCCGUGAUGGUGCCAAACAGAAAUAGUCAUAACAUGGAACUUUACAACAUUAACAUCCCAGGACUGCAAACAACUUGGCCUCAGUCGUCUUCUGCUCCUGCCCAGUCAUCCCCAAGCAGCGGGCAUGAAAUUCCUACAUGGCAGCCUAAUAUACCAGUCAGGUCAAAUUCUUUUAAUAACCCAUUAGGAAAUAGAACAAGUCACUCAGCUAAUUCACAGCCUUCAGCUACAACAGUCACUGCGAUCACCCCUGCUCCUAUUCAACAGCCUGUGAAAAGUAUGCGUGUAUUAAAACCUGAGCUACAGACUGCUUUAGCACCUACCCACCCUUCUUGGAUACCACAGCCAGUUCAAACUGUCCAACCUAGCCCUUUUUCUGAGGGUAGCACUUCAAAUAUGACUGUUAUGCCACCUGUUGCUGAAGCUCCAACCUAUCAAGGUCCACCACCACCUUAUCCAAAACAUCUGCUACACCAAAACCCACCAGUUCCUCCAUAUGAAUCAAUAAAUAAAUCUAGCAAAGACGAUCAGUCUAGCUUGCCCAAGGAAGAUGAGGAUGAGAAAAGUUUUGAAAGUGUUGAUAGUGGGGAUAAAGAAAAGAAGCAGAUUACAACCUCACCUAUCACUGUUAGAAAAAAUAAGAGAGAUGAAGAGCGAAGGGAAUCUCGUAUUCAGAGUUAUUCUCCUCAGGCGUUUAAAUUCUAUAUGGAACAACAUGUAGAAAAUGUCCUCAAGUCUCAUCAGCAACGUCUCCAUCGUAAAAAGCAACUAGAGAAUGAAAUGAUGCGGGUUGGAUUAUCUCAAGAUGCCCAGGAUCAAAUGAGAAAGAUGCUUUGCCAAAAAGAGUCUAAUUACAUUCGUCUGAAAAGGGCUAAAAUGGACAAAUCUAUGUUUGUCAAGAUAAAGACACUGGGAAUAGGAGCAUUUGGUGAAGUCUGUCUAGCAAGAAAAGUAGAUACGAAAGCUUUGUAUGCAACAAAAACUCUUCGAAAGAAAGAUGUUCUGCUUCGAAAUCAAGUCGCCCAUGUUAAAGCUGAGAGAGAUAUCCUGGCUGAAGCUGACAAUGAAUGGGUAGUUCGCUUAUAUUAUUCAUUCCAAGAUAAGGACAAUUUAUACUUUGUAAUGGACUACAUUCCUGGGGGUGAUAUGAUGAGCCUAUUGAUUAGAAUGGGAAUAUUUCCAGAAAAUCUGGCACGAUUCUACAUAGCAGAACUUACCUGUGCAGUUGAAAGUGUUCAUAAAAUGGGUUUUAUUCAUAGAGAUAUUAAACCUGAUAAUAUUUUGAUUGAUCGUGAUGGUCAUAUUAAAUUGACUGACUUUGGCCUCUGCACUGGCUUCAGAUGGACACAUGAUUCCAAGUACUAUCAGAGUGGUGACCAUCCACGGCAAGAUAGCAUGGAUUUCAGCAGUGAGUGGGGUGAUCCCUCCAACUGUCGAUGUGGAGACAGGCUAAAGCCUCUGGAGCGCAGAGCUGCUCGCCAGCACCAGCGAUGUCUAGCACAUUCUCUAGUUGGGACUCCCAAUUAUAUUGCACCUGAAGUGUUGCUACGAACAGGCUAUACACAGUUGUGUGAUUGGUGGAGUGUUGGUGUUAUUCUUUUUGAAAUGUUGGUGGGACAACCUCCUUUCUUGGCACAAACACCAUUAGAAACACAAAUGAAGGUUAUCAACUGGCAGACAUCUCUUCACAUUCCACCACAAGCUAAACUGAGUCCUGAAGCUUCGGAUCUGAUUAUUAAACUCUGCCGAGGACCAGAAGAUCGCUUAGGCAAGAAUGGUGCUGAUGAAAUAAAAGCCCAUCCAUUUUUUAAAACAAUCGAUUUCUCCAGUGAUCUGAGACAGCAGUCUGCAUCAUAUAUUCCUAAAAUCACACACCCAACAGAUACAUCAAAUUUUGAUCCUGUUGACCCUGACAAGUUAUGGAGUGACGAUGAGGAAGAAAAUGUAAACGACACUCUCAAUGGAUGGUAUAAAAACGGAAAGCACCCUGAACACGCCUUCUAUGAAUUUACCUUUCGGCGGUUCUUUGAUGACAAUGGCUACCCAUAUAAUUAUCCAAAGCCUAUUGAGUAUGAACACAUGAAUUCACAAGGCUCAGAACAACAUUCAGAUGAAGAUGAUCAACAUAAAGGCACAGAGAUAAAAAAUCGUGAUCUAGUAUAUGUUUAACACACUAGAAAAUAAUCAUAAUGAGAAUUUACAAAAAGGCCUGAAAUACUGGGUUUUUUGAAAUUCUGAGUAAAAUUAUGCAACUGCGGCAGAGCUAUGUAUGUGUGCUCUGUGUACAAUAUUUUAUUUUCCUAAAUUAUAGGAUAUCCUUUUAAAAUAUUAAUUUAUUCCAACCUUUUAAAAAAUUGUUAUACAUAAGUUAUGAACUGAAUAUUAGUCAGUUCCUGGUACUUAAAGUACUUAAAAUAAAAAAUAGUGCUUUGUUUAAAAGGAGAAGCCUGUUAUCUAUUUGUAUAUAUGCGAAAUAAUUUUAAAACUCAAGAGUUUUUGAAAUUUUUUGAAAGACAGUUUUAGUUUUAUCUUGCUUUAACCAAAUAUGAAACAUGCCCAUAUUUACAGAGCUCUUUUCCCCUCCUCCCCAAUCUUGUUUUUCAUACAAAAUAAAUAAGCUAGAGAAAUUAAGCCAUCAUUUUGCAGAGCGUUCCUAGGUUAAUGAUAAUUUGUAUAAGUCAUAUCUUGGAACUAAGAAAUACAGGGUACAGUAUGUUCAUCAGAAGGAAAAAUAGUGCAGUUUAUCUUUUCUCCCCUCCUGUGAGGAAUACUUAGUCUUCUAGCUUUUCUCUUCUAGCUUUUUAAAAAAUAAAAAUUAAAAAAUAUACUGGCUUUAUAAGAAGCCAAAGCACUACUAAUUUUCUUUCUAUUUUGGUAUUAAUGCUGCUUCCAGUUUUAAAAGGGAACAAAGUUGCCAUAAAUCAAAAAUCCUAAAUACUAAAAGCUAAGGUCUUUUAUAGUUUUCCUUUGAAAUUACAAUGUUUUUCUACCAUUGUAAGCCAAGAAAUUAUUUUCAGUUUAUAUAAAACUUUGAUUAGGAUUAUUUGUUGAUUUUCAUCACUAACUCCCCCUCUCCCCCCCGGGUGGGGGAACCUGCAAGGAUGUAGCUUAGAGCACUUGCCUAGUAUGUACCAGGCCCUAGGUUCAGUUUCCAGCGCCUCAAAAAAAGAAAAAGUAGUUUUUCCUAUAUAGUGACUCAAUCAUCAGUGCUGUAGAACCUCUUUCAUAACAGUGUUGUGUAUACAGAUUGCUAUUGGCAAAGGAAAUAUAGCUGUUUGGUAAUAUAGUAUUAUUUCUAAGGGCCGAUUAGUUGGUGAAAAAAAUAAUUAACUCUUAAUUCAGAUGGCCAUUAGUAAUUAGGAAAAGUUACAUAGUGGUCUUAGCUAACUUAUUUAAGGUUAAUUAUGUUUUUCAACAUGCCUAUUUAUAUAAUGCUUAAAUUCUUAAGGAUAAUUGUGGUUUCAUACCAAAAUAUGUAUCUUCGGAAGGAGAACUGAGCUCUAUUCUGACCUUAGUAAACUAGUUUCUAUUUUAUUUACUUUUCUUAAGCUUCACUGAUAAUGGUCUUUUUUUUUUUUAAUGUAAAAUGUUUGUGGAUAAGAGGACUAAUUUAAGUGACUUUUUAAAACUUUUAGCUUGUUUCAUAUAAAAGCUAAUGGAAACCAGGUAGUAAAAUUAAAGGCAAAGCUGUUCCAAUUGAACUGGGGGGGAAAAGCAUUUAUUAGUUCACAUUUGCCACCUUGUGUAUAUAGGUGGCCCUCUUAGAAGCUCAGCCUGCAGACCACUACCAUGUAAUGUGGGCCUUUAGGGUCACUGAUGCUUUUGUGAAUCUGAUAAAGGUGGUGGGCUCUACUUCCCAGAAAAAAGACACAUGAAAACACACAUAAGAUACUGCAUACAGUUUCAGGAAAUUCUGGAUCUUAUGAAACCUGUCAAUGACUAGGUUAAAGACCUCUGUUCGAUAAGAAAGUUGAUAUAUUAAACUGAAAACUUUGCUUUUAAUUUGCUGAUCAGUACAUCUUAUAUAAAUACAAGAUAAUUAGUACAUCUUAAUUAGUACAUCUUGUAUAAAUACUGAUAAUUUGUGAUGGGAGACCUCUGUAGCAUGUGAUAAGAUGACCCUAUGGAUGCUGGUGCAAAACUAAGAUGCUUUAAACAUACCAUUUUGAGGGCACUGAAAUGUUUGGCUUAUUAUAGGAUUGAUACAACAAUAUUUCUGAAGGAUUUCCAAUCAGAGAAUUUUGAGGAAAUAAUAGCAGUCUUUACUUCAUGGAACAUUUGAUUGAUCCUACUCUAUGCAAAACAAACUAGUUAGUUCAAGAAUUUUUAGCUUGGUACUCACAUUUAUAAGAUACCCUCCUUCUUUAAGCUUUUCCGUCAGAUUUACUUAAAUUUUCAUUUAAUAGUUCUACUUCUGGACUAUGGUGCAAUACAGUAGAAAACUAAGUUUGUUACAUUUACAUUGUAGGAAAACUAAGGUGCUGUAUCCUCCCUCUUCUCUCCUCUCCCAACAAAAUCUGUACUGCUGCUGUUCUUGAAAUAUGACACUAUAAAUUUCAUGUUCUUUUAAAGUUUCCUCCAACAGUUUAAGUUUUUGUCUUUGUCUGAAGCAGUAUACAAGCCAUUGGAAUAUGCAGUUUAAAUAGUUUGGAUAUACUUAUUAGCUGUAGUAAUUCUCUAUAUCCAGUUCUUCCAGUGUAGAUCCUGCUACUUCCUGACCACGAGACAGCAACAACAUUAAAUUAGGCAAUCAGAUUAAAAAAAUCUGAUUGCCCUCAAUUAAAAUUGAGUGAAAACAUUGGUUCUACAUUUCUCAUUUUAAAGUGAUUUUCUCAUUAAAAAUCUUGCUGUCUUUCUUACGCUUACCCCUUUUAUGCAUAUCAAUAGUAUUUAUAAACUAUGUCCUAUAAUUGUGUAACUGUAGAUAACUGUUAUGUAUUGUCCAGUAGUAUCUAAGGCAGGCCUUAUUGCUGUAUGUUUUCUACUUUCUUAUUUGUAAUAGAAACUAUAGAAUGUAUGACUAAAAAGUCACUUUGAGAUUGACUUUUUUAAAAAGUUAUUACCUUCUACUGUUGCAAAGUGCAAAACUGUGAGUGGAAAUGUUUUAUUCUGACUUAAUAUGUUGGAAAUUAGAGAAUACAGUGGGAGGAUUUUUAGAUAUUGCUGCUGCUGUUACCUAAGGUACUUUAGAAAUUUUCUUUAAUAAACAAAAAUCCCUUUGGUAUUUAAAGUGAAACAUUUAGUCUGUUUCUUUUAAACUAAAGCAAAAAUAAUUUGGGUCAACAAAUUGGUAUAUUUGUAAAGCGCCAUAAUAUAUCCCUUUGUGGAAGGCACUAUACAGUUUACUUUUAUAUUGUAUUGUGUAUAUAAGUAUUUUGUAUGAAAGUGGAAUCAAUAGCAACACUACAGUUUUAUAAAAUAAUGCUUUGAUAGACAAGGAAUUACAGCUUUGCAAUAACUAAAUUGUUUUGCAUACUUCUGAAUGUAACAGAAUGAAUAAUCAGCCUGUUUUUAAUGAAUCUAUUUGUAUUUUCCCAAUCAUUUCCUCUAGUGUAAUGUUUGCUGGAAUAAUAAAAAAAAGCAAAAUUUAAAUCUUUCAA